AUGCGCUUAAUCGACGUCAACACCCUUGAACUCAAGGAGUUUUUCAGCGAGAAGGCGCCACCGUACGCCAUCCUAUCGCACACAUGGAAAGGUGAUACAGAGGUGACGUUUCAGGAGUGGGAGCGCACCGCUACCGAUAGUACCAUUAAGCGCAAAGAGGGCUAUACUAAGAUCGUGGGGGCAUGCUGUCGCGCGCGUUCCGAUGGCUUACAAUACCUUUGGUGUGACACCAACUGUAUCGACAAGAGUAGCUCUGCUGAACUUAGUGAGGCUAUCAACAGCAUGUUCGCAUGGUACCGCGACUCGACCGUGUGUUACGCGUAUCUCUAUGAUGUCCAGGCAGAGAUGGACACAUUCACCAAGAGUCGUUGGCUAACAAGGGGCUGGACGUUGCAAGAGCUACUCGCUCCAAAUAAGGUCAUCUUCUUUGACCACAAUUGGACAGUGCUAGGGGAUAAGAGUGACUUGGCUGAAGUGAUCUCAGGUAUCACCAGGAUUCACAUUGGUGCAUUGAGGGAUCGUUCAACAAUCUACAAUUAUUCUAUUGCUCAGCGCAUGUCUUGGGCAGCCGAUCGUCAAACAACGCGCCCAGAGGAUAUUGCAUAUUGUCUUCUCGGCAUUUUCGACAUCAACAUGCCUUUAUUAUAUGGCGAAGGGACAAGGGCCUUUGCUAGGCUACAGCGGGAGAUUAUCAAGGUCUCUGAUGACCAAAGUAUCCUUGCAUGGGAUUUACAGCACUCUGAUACUCGUUCUCUAACGAGUGCUUUAGCUUCAUCACCUGAUGAAUUCCGGUUCUGUGAUUCCAUAGCUAGAAGUGUUGGGAUCCAACACUUGCCGUACUCGAUUACAAAUCUGGGGAUAUCCAUGAACCUUCCCCUUAUCGAAACCCUCGUAGGCGAAACACAGUCCCAGCAGCAAUCACCAGGAGACGGAGGAGGAGGAGGGAAUGCUGCUGCUGGUGGCGGCGGGGGUUCAUACAAACGAGCAAGCCGGAAGGGAGCUCCCCGGAGGUUUUCGUGCGACUGGGCCGGGUGCGACAAGAUGUAUUCGAGAGCUGAGCACCUUCAGAGACAUCAAUUGAAUCAUGCUCCCAAGACUAUCUAUACGUGCGACGUUCCUGACUGCACGCAAACUUUUGUGAGGCCAGAUCUGCUGGCGCGCCAUAAGAAGCGCCAUUCGUCUUCGUAUAUUCCGAGGAACCGUACCAGCAGCUUUAGUAUGCCUACUAAGGAAUCUCCUCAGGAGAUACCUCUGAUGCCUUCACCUAGCAUCGCUACGAAUGUUGUAGGGCCGCCACGGUCGGCGACAUUUCCACAGCAGCCUGCGAGUGCUCCGCGGAACGCAGCUGUACUCUUGACUUCUGACUCUCCAGUUCAAGCUCAACAUCCACCUUUACCGCCUCCUAUGGCGCCUACGCAACCAAGUCCGCUAACCCAUAGCGUUCCGUGGACGUCUUCGAUGGAUGGCGUCAACAUUAUUCGUCAGAAGCCUGGCUUCUACGGUCGUGAACCACCACCCAUGCAUGACCAUUCCACAUUCGUUCCUUAUCACAAUGUGCCGGUACCGACUGAUGCGAACGAGCUAGGGAUUCGUGAAAACUUUGGCGUCUGGUUGUUUGACCCUCAACAGACGUAUCGAGACUUUAGUUUCGCUAGCAUACCAUUUCUUGAAGGCGGGUUGGAAUCACCGUUCAAUAAUAAUAUCCAUUAUGAUCACGAAUCACUCACUAGUCGAUCCCAACUUGAUCUUACACCCCCACGACAUCCCGACAUGCCCGACGAGCUUAUUUCCGAGUAUCGUCGCGUAGAUGUUCUACGCUAUGUUAAACUGUUCCAUCAGAAACAGAACAGGUUCGACUCUAAGUUAGCUAACUUGAUGCACGAAACUAGCGACGACAUACCAGGUCUAAACUUAGAAUUUCUACGAGAUUGCAUGCGACAUUAUUGGGAUUUUGUAUCGCCGAGACUUCCUAUCGUUCAUCAACCGACCUUCUCUUCGGCGCAAUGCUCCAUCCUCCUUCUCCUAGUAAUGAUUGCCUUGGGUGCCGCUCAGAUAUACAGUCGCGAAUCUAGUCGGGAGCUUCCAGAAUAUAAAGCAUUAGCCGACCUCAUUAUCUCCAACGUUCGUUUUGAAAUAUUAACCGCCGAUGAAGCGUCUCCGCCGGUGGAACUCUGGGUCGCCCAGGCCUUACUCUUAGUGGAAUUUUACGAGAAGAUGUAUUCAUCUAGGAUCCUUCACGAGAGAGCACACGUCUACCAUUCGGUAACCCUAACACUGCUUAGACGAGGUAGCCCCUUAAUUGGAGGGGCCGGAGCUGACUCGCCAUCCGACGAGCAGAACGGAACGGAGCAUCCUGCGACAUCAGAUGCGAGGACGUGGUGGAUAAAAUGGGCCCGGACGGAAUCAAUGCAUAGAGUAGUCUUUGCCGCAUUUAUGAUGGAUAUCGUUCAUGCUGCGAUGUUUGGACAUGCGGCCGACAUGGCCCCUCACGAAAUACGCCUACCUUUACCUUGCGACGAGUCUUUAUGGUCGGCGUCGAGCCCCGAGAUAGUUCGUCAUCACGAUUCGAAUUUUAGAUUAUACGGCGUCAAGCCUGUUUCAUUUUUAGACGGGUUGAAAUGUGCCAUCCAUGGGAAGGAAGUCCGAACCCACGCGUUCGGCCGUAUGAUUAUUAUGUGUGGGCUUCUAAGCGUCGGCUGGCACCUCAGACAUCGCGACACGCAUCUAAAGUGGCUUGAGCUAGGAGCUAGUUCUUCGGACACGAGGGAUAAGUGGUGUAAUAUGCUCCUGAAAGCAUUUGACGAUUGGAAGACCAGUUUCGACCAGGCUAUCGGCUCAAGUGACUCUGAGUCGGAUGGCCCUGGACCGCAAGCUCAUUCUAACGGGCUCAUUCAGAGUGCGUCUGUUCUAUACCACCUUGCUCAUAUUAGCCUGUAUAUCGACAUUGUUGAUUGCCAAGUCUACACUGGGGCUAAGCGGUUACUCGGCCGCAAAAUUUCUACUCGAGAUUACACUAAUGUCGUGGCGCGAAUGUCGCUGUGGUCAAAUCAAAUGACUACCCGUCACGCAAUACUCCAUGCCUUUAAGCUUCUUCAUCGUAUUCUGGUGGAUCCCCGUCAGAAGAGGAACAAUGGCUAUGCGAAUACUCCUAUCGAUACCUAUGGAACACAAUACUCGUGUCGGCGAGAUCCCGAUCCUCAUCGACCGUGGAUUAUGUAUUAUGCUACUUUAAGCAUCUGGUCUUUCGUACGAGCACUCACUCAAUCUAGAGAUCAAUCAAAUACUCUCCGACCAUUCCCACAGCAAUUACAGCGUAAUACAACAGGGGCUUUUGACUACCUCUGUAAAGUGACUAAACUCUCAGAACUGGAUACUUCGACGACGAACCUUCAGGCAAACCUCCAAGAUGGAUUGUCAAACUUGCUCGACACUAUAGGUACUCUUACAUCCGAGUCACCUUCUGAACUGCUCAAAGAAGCAUGCGGUCGGCUCGACAUAUGCAAGCAUAUGCUUUACCACGGCGAAACUUGA